CCAGGGGUCCAGGGUGGAUAUGGAGAGCACCAGGAGGGUUGCACCACCCCCUGCAUCACCGGCUGCCUCUUGGGCCCCCCAGCUGUUGUGCCACUGGAUGGCAGCAAGGCCCCACUUCCCGGCUGCCACGUGUGGGCAGGCAUGUCCUCCCUGGGAGGACAAGGCCCCACGGCCAUCUUCUCCUCGCCCACCCUGGGGCUGCUCAGGGCAGGGGGAAAUGCUCCCCUGGGACCUGUGAGGGCCUCAUCAGCCUGGGGAUACCCUACGUGUGCUGGGGAGCCCUCACGGGAGAGGCAGCGUGAGCGAGGGAGGGAGCGGGAGCAAUGGCCGAGGCUUAGCCGAUUAGCCUUAUUAAUAGACGUUAAACCCCGGCUGGGAGUGCUGCCAAGUUCCUGCAGCACCCCCCUUGAGAGGCUGAGGGGGUUUACAGCCCAAGCCUUUCCUUCCCCAAAACACCAGCUGGAGUGAGCGGGAGUGAGCUGGAGUGGGCUCCAGCCCCGUCCCUGGAAGUAAACAGGUUCCCCCAUGUUGCCAGACGCUCUUUGUAAGUCAGCCACGAGGGGGUUGUUUUGGAGGGGAUUAUUGAGAUGCCAGGACUGAGCUGGAUCAGGUAGUUUGAGCCAUGGCUGGCAAUGAUUCCUCAGCUGAUGCACCUUGUCUUCCUUCUGUGCUGGGCACAUGCCCUGCCAAACCUCUCCAGCUCUUCUUCGUCCUUCUGGCUGGCAGUUUAGGAAGUGGUGGGGUGCUUCAAAAGCAGCACCUUCCCCCAUUUUGCCCCUUAUUGAAGCACGGGCCCGCGUUCUCAUCCUCCACUGCCCCCUCCCCAGCACCCUCGCUCCUGGCUGGGUCCACCAGCAACAUCCCCCAGCCUUACUCUGCUUCUGCCUGACUUGAUCCCUCUGAAUCUACCCCUGCCAGCCUGCCCCACCCUGCUGGGGGAAAGGCAAGGAGCCCCUGGGCAGCAGGAUUACCAAGGGAUUCGGGCUGCGGCAGGCAGCCACCUCGUCCCCAUUGGCUGGAAAAGCCUCUUAAAAGUGCAGAAGUGCUUUCUGCCCGCUCAGCACCCGCUGGUCUCUGCCGACCUGAAACCAUAAGCAGCUGCUGACCCACAUCCACACUGGGAGUGCUGUAGGGCACUACUUGCACCCACAGUAGGCAAGGGGGUCCCCCACACGGGGUAUCCUCUCAAAUUGGCCAUAGGCAGCUUUGCUGGACAUCGUCGGAACUGGAGGAAAGAAGGCUGAGAGCGGGAUUAGCUGUCUUGUGAGGACGUAGCUGCCCCAAAGGAAGAAGUGGAGCACAAGAGACUGCUCAACAGGUGCUAGAUUCCUGUAGGCCCACCAUUCCUGUGCCCGCCAUGGAGCAAAGAUCCAGCAGGACCAUCUAACCAGGCACCUUCAUCUAGAGCCAGAGGGAGAAGGAAACGCUGCUGACGGGUCUGCCCAGCCCUUGGAGGCUCAGCUUGUCAGGAGGUCAUCGUUUCAUUGCACAGUCCCUGAAUAUUAUUUCCUCUCUCUCUCUCUGUUGCCCUACUUCCUUCCUUCCCCACCUUUCCCUUCCUAGGCUAGACGAUGGGGAGACCUGACCCAGAGGAAGGGCAGCUCCCAGCUCCUGUGAAGCCCCCGGAUGGUGGCUGGGGCUGGAUCGUGCUCUUUGGCUGCUUUGUGAUCACCGGCUUCUCCUAUGCCUUCCCAAAAGCCGUCAGUGUCUACUUCAAGGAGCUCAUGAAAGAUUUCCAUGUUGGCUACAGUGACACAGCCUGGAUCUCCUCCAUCAUGCUGGCCAUGCUCUAUGGAACAGGACCAGUAUGCAGCAUCAUGGUGAACCAGUUUGGCUGCCGGCCCGUGAUGCUCAUCGGCGGGCUGCUUGCUUCCGCUGGGAUGAUCCUGGCAUCUUUUACCACCAACAUCAUUGAGCUUUAUCUGACAGCUGGUGUGCUGACAGGUCUGGGUAUGGCGUUGAACUUCCAGCCCUCACUGAUCAUGCUGGGCACCUACUUUGACAAGCGUCGGCCUCUUGCCAAUGGACUGGCUGCUGCUGGCAGCCCCGUCUUCCUCUCCUCCCUCUCUCCACUGGGGCAAGUGCUGCUGGAGAAGUUUGGUUGGCGAGGAGGGUUCCUUAUCAUGGGGGGCCUUCUGCUUAACUGCUGCACUUGUGGGGCAGUUAUGAGACCCCUGGAUAUGGGCAUGAAGCGGAAGAUGGGGAAAGCUCAGGACAAAUAUGAAGCCAAGGAGAUGCUGCCCAUAGGAGGGAAAUCAGAGGAGGGAAUCAGCACCACUGAUGGAACCAAGAAAGCCAAGAAAGGCAAGAAGAAGCCCAAGAAAGGAAAGAAGCUUCUGGAUUUUAGUAUCUUUUCCAACCGAGGGUUUAUCAUUUACACUAUUUCAAAAUUCAUCCUGGUCUUGGGCCUCUUUGUGCCCCCCAUAUUGCUGGUCAACUAUGCCAAGGACACAGGCGUACCAGACACGGAGGCUGCGUUCCUGCUCUCCAUCAUCGGUUUCAUAGACAUCUUUGCCCGCCCAGCCUGUGGCAUGGUGGCAGGGCUGAAGUGGGUCCGCCCGCACGUGGCGUACCUCUUCAGCUUCUCUAUGCUCUUCAAUGGCUUGACAGACAUCUGCAGUGCCAGGGCGAGCAACUACACAGGGCUGGUCAUCUUCUGUGUCUUUUUUGGCAUCUCUUAUGGCAUGGUGGGAGCACUGCAGUUCGAGGUGCUGAUGGCCAUCGUUGGCUCCCAGAAGUUCUCCAGUGCCAUCGGGCUGGUCCUACUUAUCGAGGCUUUCGCUGUGCUCAUCGGUCCACCCUCUGCAGGCCGGCUGGUCGAUGCUCUCAAGAACUAUGAGGUGAUCUUCUACCUGGCAGGCUCAGAGGUGGUGCUCUCUGCUCUCUUCCUGGCUGUCGCCAGCUACUGCUGCCUGAACCGAGGGAAGAAGAAGGAGCCUCCCCCAGAGAACAACCCCUCUGCCGGAGGUGGGAGCGACACCGAGGAAGCAGAGUCUGACGUGCAGGAAGCCGAGGAGCACAGCAGUGACAACCACCAGCCGGCCCACAGCACUGACAAUGCCGUGGUGGCAGCCAACGAGGAGGCCAACCACGUGGCAGAGGAGCAGAGCGGGGAGGGAGGCGGGUGUCCUGCGGGGGACAGGGAGGUGUUGGCACGAGACGGCUGCAACGCUGACCAGACGGUGGAGAGGGACAGUUUCUAGCCAGGGCAGGGGAACAGGGAUGUAUAAAACUGGCCUUGCGUGCAUGCACCUCAGCAUGGGAGGGUAGGUGGGAUAUGGGGAGGAGAAAGCUGGGACAAAGGCAGAUGUAAGAAGAAAGAGGGAGAGGUAUAAUAGCUGGUCCUUAAGUACAUAUGUCCACAUACCUACCCAGUGAUAUGACUACUUGCAUCCUGCACUCAUGCUGGUACAACACAGGCUCAAAGCAGCCCAAACACCAAAAAGAAAAAAAAAAAAAUCUUUCCUUACUUUCAAACCAGCCCUGGAGAAAGUCUUCUGAAGAGGCUGCCAAGGACUCUCCUUUUCCUUCUGCAUUGUCACAAUACUGAACACAAACAAUUAGAGACUCUUUGUAAUCAGAUCUGGUAUGCUUUGUUCUGGUGUCAGAGUUUCCUUCACCCCAUUUCCAAUGGUUGGGAUAGCAUCAGUCUCAUUGGCAGUGGGUUUAGGAGGUCGUGUAAUUCAUAGCUAUCACCUGGGCCACCUUCAGCUACCACCAGCAUGGGGGUAGACACCACGUUCCCUGCAGUAUCCCCCUUGGGCGCUGCCAAACCGCGGGGGGCCACCAGCUCCAACCACCUCUGUCCGGUGCAGCUUUUGUGGAUGGUAAAGCUGGGGCAUUGACACGUGAUGCUGCUUUUCCAAGCAGGGAAGUGCUGUGUUAGAGGCUGCUGCUGAGGUACAAGAAGAAGACAUCUAAGAAAGGCUAAUGCCAUUAGGUGUGCAGCCACAAUACAGAGCCUCGCUGACAGGAAUAGCACCAAGCCAGCUUUAUCUAGGCUCAAGUGAGUCCUGUUUGACGUGUGAAGGGAACAACCUGGCCCCUAUGGGGGUGGGGGUUUCAGGGCAGGUAAAUAACCAUGUCCCAAGCAAUUAUCCACUGAGCAGGAAUGGCACCAGACAUGCCUGUGUUUUCCUUUUAAAUAGAGAAAACCCCCUUACAUAAAGGAAUCAAAGGUAAGGCAGGAGGACAAGCCCCAGCCCCUGGGUGCCACUAAAGAGUGUUGGAGCACGUGGUAAGGCAGGCAUGACCCCCUCACCCCCCGAUGCAGUGGUGGAUUCAGAGAGGACAACCUUCCCUGGCAUGCUUAAACCACUUCUAAUCUCCUUUAAGGACUGGAUCUUUUAUAAACACCUCUGACCAAAGCUCCUUCUUCCGGUUUCCUGAACUGCUUCACCUCAGAGACCCCAGGGAGAACCUGUGACUAUAACAAGGGAUCAAAAAACUAAGCAGAGGGCUACAGGGAAGGCAGCUCAUGGGGCCACCAAAAGAGGCGUUUCAUUCCACACCAGACUGACUACAAAUUAAUGGGUAAUUGGUCAAACCUGCAGGACCCAUAAAGCCAUUUAAACACAGCAGGAGCAUGAAGGAAAGGGUUUCAUUAUAGAUGCUCCCAAGCAAAAAGCAGUAAAUGAUAAGCAAAAUAAAGCUUAUUAUAAAAUUGAAGAAUAUCAGUUUAAGAAGAGACAGAAGAACUGGAAAUUGGAGGGGAGAAAGUAAAUCCCAUGGGGCUGUACCCUGCCCCACCUUGGGUAACACCACUGUUAGAUCUGAUUUUGAGCCAGUCAUAGUGGUGACUUUGAGCUUUUUCCUAUUCAAACUCACUUUGAAACUUUGCAGUUCAGAAUAAGUACUGUGACAAACCCGAGAUGGGAAGCCCUGUGGGAAUGGGAGCAGCAGCAAGAGUGAUGGGGCCCUUCAUUCAUGAUGUAGGCCUUCAUUCACUGCUCUGCAAGCUUGUUCUCCCUCCUCACAAGGUAAGAUCCAGAUAUUUCUGUUCCACCAAGUUGCUCUGCAGCUCUUUCCCCAGCCAUACCAAACCCCUGUCCCCCAGGCUGCAUUUCCCUUAUUCACUAGUGCCUCUUCCAAGAAGGAGCUCACAACUUCCCAGAGGUCCAAGGUCCACAGCAUGAAAACAACUGCCCUUGUCAGCGAGGCAGGUCACUAGAACAAGGUCCCCUCUGUUUCCUUGUCACCAGUCAAAAAAAUUUCCCACUAAGCCUCCCGUUCUUAAAUCUUCUCUCAAAAGCACAGAGAAGUGCUUAGGGUAUGAGAUCUCACUAGAGAUGGUGCUGCAAGAUUUCCAGAACUCUUCCUAAAAACCCAGCUAUGCUGCCUUCCACUUUGCCUUGCUGGCUUUUAGACAGGCUCCACUGAAGCCUGUUCCUCUCAACUGCUCCAUGUUUUGGCACAACAGCCAGCUCUGAAAGAGGAUCAGGGACUUAAGCAUCAGCUGAAACUUGUGAUGCAACAGCUGAGCUGUGUGGAAAAGCUGGCCGUGGAGGGGUGCAAGGAUGCCACCUUAGCAGGACUGAGGCAACUGGUGGCUUUAAAAGGACAGUGUUCCCCUGGGAAGCCAAGACACAGAGAAGCUGGUGUUACAUGGAAGACUGGCCUUGCUACAGUAUUUAUAAGCCUCUUCCUCGGGAAACCUGUGCUGCAGGGAUCACCAUAGCUUGGUACAGGGAUUACACACCAGUAUGAGCAAGAAAAAAAUGGCCAGCACAUGACACCCAUCUUCCAGCAUACACCCAUGAAGGACAGGAAAUGGAAUGUCACAUUUUUCUUUAUUAGAGACAACAGUCAGUACACCGGAGUCCAUCUAAAUUUUCCAGAGCAGCUUGACCACGAGAUGGCUUUCUUGCAGGCACCCACUGAGAUGAAGAAACUCCAAAAACAAAUCAAAGAGAAAACCAAACCAAACCAAACAUCUCAAUCAUAAAUUAAUGCCCUUAAAUAACUUCUCUCAUGACCACUAGAAUGAAAUGACAGAGAAGUCAAAACCCUUGCCCUGAGAAGCACAC